AUGGAGCAAGCGUGGCCGUCUCCGUCCACCAAGCAGAAAAGUCCCCUGUUUGUGUCGCUGGGCAUGACUGUGCUAGAUGAGUUGCAUUUCUCGUCGCGAGAAACACUCUACAAUGUGCCAGGUGGCUCUGGUCUCUAUGCGACGCUUGGAGCAAGACUCAUGGACUCUACUGUUGGUGCCGUCAUUCUCACCGGCAAGGGCUUCCCGGAAACUGUGAUGGACCAGAUCAAGCAGUGGGACGUGACGCUCAAAGUCAAAAAUCUACCGAAUAGCCCCUCCACUAGGGGCUUUUUACAACACAAGGAUGAAAGUGGCCAGAGAACAUUUCGAUACCUCACGCCACCGCUGCAACCUCACCCGUCCGACCUGCAAAAUAGCCCGCUGAUCAGAUCACGGGGGUUUCAUUUCCUGGUACGUCCAGAGCUGCUUCAGGAAAUGGCUGACUCGCUUCUCUCAUUGCGGAGUCUCGUCGGAGAACGAAGACCACUCAUCGUAUGGGAGCCCGCGCCACUAUUCUGCAAAAAGGACCUCCUGGAGCAACAUCUGCAAGCUUGCAAGCUUGUGGACGUCUUCUCGCCAAACCACCUUGAGCUUGAGUCUCUGACGGCAGAUGGCCCUUGCGACGGUGACUUGCCUUUUUCCCGCGAAGAUGUCGAGUGCCGGGCUAGACUCUUUCUCGAUGCCGGCAUUGGUCUGGACAAGGAUGGGCUCGUGGUUGUGCGCUGUGGAGAGCAUGGCUGCAUGACACUGUCGCGAAAGACCGGGGUCGACUGGUUACCAGCAUUCUUCGAUUCUACGUCGCCCGUGGUCGUAGAUACUACCGGUGCUGGAAAUGUCUUUCUCGGCGCUUUUACCGUGGCCUUUCUGAAAACAGAUGAUGCGAGAGAGGCAGCCAUCGCUGGCUCUGUAGCGGCAAGUUUUGCCAUUGAACAGAUUGGUCUGCCCGACUUCUCGCCAGCUUCAAGCGCGAAAGAGACAUGGAACGGGGUGGAUGUAUCUACACGCCUGGCAGAAUAUAGGGUAAGAUUGUCCGGCUCGGAAAAGGACUGA